UCUCUUUGACGGGUUGGGUCUCAACUAUUUAGUUUUGCAAUAUUUUGAAAAGAUAAUUGAUGUUUGGAGGUUUGGCUAGGAAUUUACCUCCCAUAAACACUGACAAAUGUGUUAUCUCACCUUGAGAGGUUACAGGAGUGGAUUGCACUCUACUAAUUGUAUAGUUAUCAAGUUUGAUUAUUGAUGUUUUCAUCAUUCCAACAUAAUUUCACUUGCAGUAAAUGAUCCCCAACAGUUAAGUUUCUUUUUAAUUUAGUUGAUGUACUCGUGAUUCACAAUAUAUAUCACCAAUACAUAUUAAUACACAUACCAACAUGAGUAUCGAUAACAUAUAUAAUGAUUGACAUUAAUCUGACUGUUGUGUGACUAAUAUAAUUUAAACAAUUGAUGCAUGGAAAAUUGUAACUGCUGUACCCAGUUUAACUGUGUCCACUUUUUUCGCUCCCUACUUUUAGUCAAUAGUUACAUUCAACAAAAUGAAAUGCGGUCCUCCGUAAUUUUAAGCAAUACUGGUGAUGCUGGUGUGUGUAUGUCUCAAUAUGUAUCCAGCCAUUGUUGAUGUUCUUAAAUGUGCAGCCACUGAUAUAUGGUCCUGUACCAACCCCUCCUGGCAUGACAAUGAUGCCGAUGCUUUUACCUGAUGGAAGGAUUGGAUAUGUAUUGUGAAUGUCGUCAUGAUUUAUAAUUGAUGAAUGCAUCAAAGGUGCACUUGCUACUGCUAGUACCAGUAUAUCUAAGAAUUCUGAAUUGGUUGGUUUAAAUAGCUCCGGACUGUCGAACAAAUGAGUAUNCCGAACCUACAACGGGGUAUUGACGGCGAUUCUCAAAUAUCGCAGAACAGAAUGAGAUACGAUGAGAUAGAAUACAAUAGAAACUUCAAUCCAUCAUUCAAGUUUAUAUAUGUUUAGUUCCCACUAGACAAGAAGACUGAAAGAUCCCAUAUCACAAAUAUAUUCUAAACUUGAGAUGAAUAAGCUAUGAUAAAAGUUUUCUUGAUGGGAAAAUGUAUGCUUCAUAGUUUGAUGAAGAACAGUUUAACAGUGAUCAUAGUUUGAUGAACAAAAUUGAGGUUGCAACUAUCUUUGAAAUUAUUGGAAAUCUUAAAAAAGAGUUUUUGAAGACCAGGAAGAAAGUUAGUGUAGGAAUCAUAUCACCAUAUAAGGCUCAAGUUUAUGAAAUCCAACAGAAAGUUAAGUAGUACAUCUCGGUUUCUGAUUUUCACUUCUCUGUUAGUGUUCGUUCUGUUGAUGGUUUUCAAGGCGGUGAAGAGGAUAUUAUAAUAUUAUCUACUGUGAAAUCUAAGGGAGUGGAAAAGUAGGUUUUCUUUGAACUAUGAAUUAACAAACAGUUUACUAAAUUGUAUUGCAGUGUAACUGAACUAAAAAAUAGUUCAGUUCAGUUUUUUUGAACUAUUUUUUAGUUCAGUUCAGUUUAUUUGAACUAUUUUAUAGUUAAUUAUAAUUGGUUUAUAGUACAGUACUAAUAAUGCAAUUUGUCCACUCCUAUUGUGAUGAUGAUGUGAUGUAGCGAAGUGGGUUGGCUGUGCUGUUGAAAGCAGUGUAUCCAGAUUGGAGUUCAAGUGCCAUCAAAUCUGCACUCAUGACAACAGCUUAUACCCACGACAACAGAGUCUCCGCUUCGUGAUGCAACGGGAGAAGAAGCCUUCUCCACAACCUGGGCUGGUUUAUGAUGCCUCCACACGGGACUACAUUGCGUUUUUGUGCUCCCUCAAUUACACCUCGACAAUCUUGGACUCGGGGUUAAGCAUUCCGACACCAAUUGUUCAACAAAAUUUAAUGACCUCGGUACUUCUGAUUUUCAACAACAGCUAGAUUCUCCUUCAUGCAUUGAAUAUGUGCACAUGACAUACCAAGCCGAUGACUUUCUCGCUUGUCACUGCUUUUCGAGCCUCCCAUUAUCGUACUCUUACUCAGGUAGGACUCUCUGAGAAAAGAUUAAUCGUAACAACAACUGAUUCUUGGUUUGUCAAGAUAGUUUCUACCCUCUUUCUAUGCUCUACUUCUUUUGAUGAUGAAAUUUUGGAUUAUUUCCAUAAGCACCUAACUCCUUCUUAUGUCUUAGAGAUUAUUAAAAGGCUUAACAAUCCCAACUUAGGUUUCAAGUUCUAUCAGUUCACUAGGGAAAAGUUGAGUAUGUCUCAUUCGUUUUGGACUUACAAUAUGCUUUUGAGGUCCCUUUGUCAAGCAAAUCUCCACAGUUCAGCAAAAUUGUUAUAUGAUUCCAUGAGGUCUGACGGGCAAUUACCUGAUUCUAGGCUUUUGGGAUUUUUGGUUCCCUCUUUUGCACUGGCUGACAGGUUUGAUGUUUCAAAGGAAUUACUUGCUGAAGCUCUGUGCAAUGGGAAUCAAGUAAAGGUGAUUGUUAAUAACUUUUUGGACAUAUUGAUAAAACACAAUAAGUUAGAUGAUGCCAUUUGUUUAUUCAGAGAGCUUAUGAGAACACAUUCUUGUCUAGAAACCUUCACCUUCAACAUUUUAAUGCGGGGUUUAUGCAUAGCUGGAGAAGUUGACGAAGCUUUUAAGCUUCUCAGUGAUAUGAAAAGUUUUGGUUGUUUCCCCGAUAUAGUUACAUAUAACACUCUAUUAAACGGCUUAUGUAGAAUAGAUCAAGUUCAUAGAGCAUGCGGUUUACUGAAAGAAGUUUGUCUAAAAUGUGAGUUUGCCCCUAAUGUUGUUAGUUAUACGACAGUGAUAUCAGGUUAUUGCAGAUUGAGUAACAUGAAAGAGGCCUGCUCUCUUUUUGAUGAAAUGAUUAGAUCCGGAAUAAAGCCUAAUGUCUUUACCUUUACUGCUCUCAUUGAUGGCUUUGUUAAGGCAGGUGACAUGGUUUCUGCACUAGGUAUUCACAAGAAAAUGUCUUUACAUGGCUGUCCUCCAAAUGUUGUUACUUUAACAUCGUUAAUUAAUGGCUAUUGCCGAAUUGGAUGGGUUAAUCAUGGCUUGGACUUGUUACAUGAAAUGAAAGCACGACAUGUUUCUGCAAAUUUGUAUACUUUCUCGGUUCUUAUUAGUGCUCUUUGUAAGAGCAAUAGACUGCAAGAAGCACAUAAUCUUUUGAGAUUAUUGAAACAGAGUGACAUUGUUCCACAGUCGUUUGUCUACAAUCCUGUCAUUGAUGGAUAUUGCAAAUCUGGGAACAUUGAUGAGGCUAAUGCAAUUGUGGCAGAGAUGGAAGAGAAGUGCAAGCCUGAUAAGUUGACAUUUACCAUUCUUAUUAUUGGGCAUUGUAUGAAAGGAAGAACACUUGAAGCAAUUGGCAUCUUCUACAAGAUGCUGGAAGCUGGUUCUACUCCAGAUGACAUCACAAUUAGAACUUUAAGUUCCUGUCUGUUGAAGGCUGGGAUGCCUCGCGAGGCUUCCCACAUUAAUGAAACUAUAUUUGAGAAGCAGAGCACAUUAUUGAAAAAAUCUUAUAAUGAAAGUAUAAGUUCAGAUAAGUCAAUUCAUGUUCAUUAAGGUAAACCGAAGGUAUGCUUUCCUCUUGUAAAUGUUUUCUGUUAGUUUUUUUUUUUUUUUUCUUUUCUUUCUACUAGAGUUUAAUUUGUGACAUCAAGAGAUAUUCAAAUUUUUGUAAGACAGCAAAAAAAUAUAUUUCUUGCUUGAGUAAAUAGAGAAGUAAAAGUUGCCUUUGUUCUGA